AUGCCUAAGAGGACGCUCGCUUCCGCCCGUGGGGCGCACUCAGACAAGGCCCAGGGGAUCAACCCCAACAAGCGUCUCGUAGGGAUGAAUAUUCGUACCGUUCCGCAAAGGAUGACCGCGCAGGCCGAACCUUCAGGCCCCGGGGAGGAACCCGAGGAGGAACCCGCUGAGGAGGAACCCGAAGAGGAAUCCGAAGAGGAACCAGCAGCCAAGAAGCGCAAGACAACAAAAGCGGCGGGCGGGAAGAGGAAGAGGGCAUCUAAUGACGAGGAUGAGAACGAGGACGAGGACGAAGAGGAAGCCGAGGAGGAGAGCGAGGCCGAAAGACCUAAGAAGAAAGCGAAACCCGCCGCCAACAAAAAGGCUGGCAAGGGCAAGGGCAAGUCUCCGAAGAAGAAGAAGAAAGCGUCAAACAAGGCCAAGGAGCCCGAAGAACCCGAAGAACCCUAUAAUCCAAACCAGUUGUGGGCGGUCCGGGACAUUAUUUCGCAGCGGACUACUUCAGAAGGCGUACUCCAAUACUAUGUCGACUGGGAACCCACGAAUGGUAGGAAAUGGGAUCCAACUUGGGAGCCGGCCGAAAAUGUUGUGGACACAUCACCAGAGAUAAUCGCUGAAUGGGAAGAGAGAAGGGCCCAGAGGGCGAUAAGUGAAGAGGAAGUCAUGGCCGAGGCCGUAGACCCUGAUGAUAUUGAGGUGGAGGAUGUGCCCGAGGAGGAGAUGCCCGACGAGGAGGUGCGCAGAGAAAUUGUCUAUGGCAGGAGGAGGGCAGGCCCAAAGCCGAUGACGAAGUCGAAGUAUCCGGGGAAGAAGCUUGUCGCUAUGACUGCUCCUAAGUAG